AUGGCCCAGGGAGCUCCUGGAAGUAUUGCAGGUUCAGAUUUUGGUAUUGGUGACAGACGUGAUGUCAUUCGUGGUAAAUCAAUUUCUUCAAAUACUGAUUCCAGUUUAGGCAUCGAAUUCCAACAACGUUAUACGUAUUCCCCUUGUGGUGACAAGGAUGAGAGUAUUCCUCUUUAG